UUUUGUUAUGUCAAAUAAUCUCGAUUUUGUUCGUGCACUCUGCUAUUAUUUGUUUUGCUAACAAUUUUAUAAGAUAAGUUUGCAUUUUAAUUGUAAAACUAAGAUUAAUCUUUGACCAUGGAUGUUUUAAAAGCCGAAAUUGCAAGGAAACGUAAACUGUUAGAAGAAAAGAAUUUGCUUGAUCCUACAAAAAACAAGAAAUAUUUCAAGAGAGGCGAACUACUAGCUAAAGAACAGGAAGAGUACUUAAAAAAAUAUGGCCCACAAAUCCAGGAACCAGAGCCAAUGUCCCAGGAACUCAAGAAUGAAAGAGCAAGUGAAAGGCAAGCAACCAAUGAUGCUGAAAACACUGAAAUAGUUGGACUGCCAAGAACAGAAGUAAUAAAAAGGUUGAGAGAAAGAGGUCACCCCAUUUGGCUGUUUGGUGAAAAUGAACUACAGUCAUUUAAAAGAUUAAGAAGAAUAGAGAUUCAAGAGCCAGAAGCGAACAGAGGUUUAAGAAAUGAUUUCCAAGAAGCUAUGGAAAAAGUGGAUGAAGCUUAUUUGAAUGAAAUCUUAGCAUUAGGAACACAGAGUGACAAUGACAAACAAUUGAAAGAAGAUGCCUUAGAUGACUCCGUUACUUAUGAGUCCAUUCAAGAGAUGGCAAAGACUAUGGGACAGGGUGACAAAAAUCACGAUAUGAAUGUUAUUAUGACAUUAUUACAGUUUCUGCUAAAGCUAUGGGGACAACAGUUGAACUCAGCGACAGGAGCAGAAAAGACUGCAGUGAAACACAAAAUGACCAGAGCCACUUUCACACAAACUCAAGUGUAUUUGAAACCAUUGGUCAGAAAGCUGAAGAAGAAAAACCUACCAGAUGACAUCUGUGAAAGUCUGUGUGAAAUUACAAAACAUCUUUUAGAAAGGAAUUAUAUUAUGGCAAGUGAUGCGUACCUCCAAAUGGCUAUUGGCAACGCUCCCUGGCCAAUCGGAGUCACUAUGGUCGGUAUUCACGCUCGUACCGGUCGUGAGAAGAUCUUCUCCAAAAACGUGGCCCAUGUCAUGAAUGACGAAACACAAAGAAAAUACAUUCAAGCACUUAAAAGACUUAUGACGAAAUGCCAGGAAUAUUUUCCAACUGAUCCUUCAAGAUGUGUGGAGUAUACUACGACUAGAUAAUAAAGAUGGUAUAUUAAUU